AGAAGGAGCUGCCACAGUAUCCAAAAUGGUUUCUCUGUCUGCUUUGCACAUCAGCUGUUCCUCUCGCUUGCACUGAUGCCAGCACCCUGGCUUAAGGCCAAGGGAGUUAGACAAAGGAGUCCCGGCAAUUGAAUAUAUCGGAUUCGCAGUGACAUGACUGCAGAUGCGCUCUCGCUCGCUCGCUCGCUCUCUUUUGGUGUGCUAGCAAGCCGGCUUCUGGACGAGAAGGUGCUUUUCUCGGCCGGCCGGAUUCGAGGCUCUUCUCUUGGUCCCUCUCUGGAUUCAGAUCUGGAACGGUGGCUUUGCUUCCAAACCUGGGGAAAGAUCCCCCCCCUACCCCCUGUUCCAUGUCGGCCUUUGGGAGAGUCAAGCAAGGACCCGCAGCAAGAGGCAAGGAGGCCGUUCUGCCCUUGUCCGUCUUCGCCUGAGAUUGGCCCUGCCGGGGAGAUUGGCAGGGCUCCUCCGCCCUGUCGCUUAUCACAGACAUGGAGUCUCUUGGGGAAAGGCUCCCAGAGCGGGCUCACGGAAAACCGAAAAUGCGAUCGUGGCUCAAGUGGGUUUGAAACCCAGGUGCACAGAAAAGGAGGACCUCGGCAGGGCAACGCGGGGAACUCGUGCGCUUAAAACCUGAGCAAAUGCAAAGACAGGACUUGGGAUAAACCUGCUGGGCAGGAUGGCAGUCCAAGGACAGGAUGCCCCCACAGACUCUCCCCUGCCAGCUCCCAUCUCUCUUCCAAAGACCGAGGGGGGAGAGGCCCCUGAAGAAGGUCUCCAUAUUCACUUCCAAGGCCCGGGGGCCAUGCUUCAAAGAGAGAGACAGAGAGCAGUCCUGGCACCUCCAGUUAGGGCUGAGAGAGACCUGUCUGAAACCCUGCAGAGCUGCCGCUGCCAGUCUGUGUUGGUAGUAUUGAUCCUAGUGGACCAAGGCCUGACUCAGUAGGUAGCAGCUGCAUCUGUUCCUACUGUAUGGAUCUCUCAUUGCAGGCUGGCUCGAUUUUAUUUCAGGGAUGGAGCCACAGCCCAGUGGAGCCACACCCUGCUUUGCAUGGACUAAGGUCCCAGAUUCAGACCCUGAGAGCUCCAGGUACAGCUUGGAAACACUCCUGUCUGAAGCCUUGCAGAAGCCGCUGCCAGUCGGUACAGACCAUACUGAGCUAGAUGGACCGAUGGUCAGACUCAGCAUAUGGCAGCUUCGGAUAACACAUUCUUGCCUUAAACCCAGAUUUGUGGGGCUGGGAAAGGAGAGCUGGUCUGGUGGUAGCCAGCAUGAUGUGUCCCCUUAGCUAAGCAGGGUCUGCCCUGGUUGCAUGUGAAUGGGAGACUAGAAGUGUGAGCACUGGAAGAGAUUCCCCUCUGGGGAUGGAGCCGCUCUGGGAAGAGCAAAAGGUUCAAGUUCCCUCCUUGGCAGCAUCUCCAAGAUAGGCCCGAGAGAAACUCCUGCCUGCAACCUUGGAGAAGCCACUGCCAGUCUGUGAAGGCAAUACUGAGCUAGAGAGACCAAAGGUCUGACUCGGUAGAAGGCAGCUUCCUAUCUUCCUAAAGGUAAAACUUCAACUGGUUGUGAACCAUCACUCGGUAUGGAAAGUUCAAAGGCCACGAUGGGCUGAAAUCCAAGACUGCUUUUCUGCUCCUGCCCACACAAUUGUGGGUGUGUCAUUGUGCAUUCCAGGUGACUAGACACACACACACAAAGGUUUGUAUGGGUUAAUGACCCACUUAACUAUGAUGGUCCCCAGCAGGGAGGGAGAGAGAGAGACAUCUCCUCUACACUUCGGAGGACAGAGAAACAGAGCCAAGGGAAUCUUGGGGUCCAUAACCAUUCCCAGGAAUGUUCUUAUUUCAUCCCGAUUCUCCAUGGCAUUAUCACAAGACGGCCUGAAAAGGCCCCUUUCCCUCUUACGGGGGCUGCUGAUCAAGGCAAAGUGGGCUGCUUGAAGACCUUGUUUCCCACAGUGCAAGGCUCGGGCCCUCAAUGUUCGCCCUAAAUUUUGCCCCCGAGAACUGCAUGGCCUGGAGGUGGAGGGAGAGACAAGGGGGACGUGCCGGGAAGGUGCUUCUGGGAAGAGCAUCAACCUGCUUGCAAGCGGAAGGUUCCCAGUCCCCUCCCUGCCAGCAUCUCCAAGAGAGGGCUGAGAGAGAGAGACUCCUGCCUGCACCCUUGGAGAAGCCGCUGCCAGUCUGGGCAGACAAUCCUGAGCUAGACGGCCCAAGGGCCUGGCUCCGUCGACGGCAGCUAGGGCGCGUUCUUCCUCCCAGCAGCCGGCUGGACUAGAUGGCCUCUGGGGACCUCCCAGCCUUCUGUGAUUUCCAAGCAGGAGAUUGGCGACGUUUUUUAUUUCCUUCCACCCACGCGCACCCUCCAGCUGGGCUUAGCUGGCACGGCUGCUAACACGGCCAUCUGCACUGCGCGAGGGGGCUGGCACCACGGCCAAGUCCGGACGCCUCCUUUUGUUCUCUGCCUGCUGCUGCCACGCUGAUAAGGCACUCCGAGCUCGGCUGCGAUGUCCUAUUACAUUUUCGAGGCCGAAGGCAAAGGAGCAGCUGGGAGUAUUCACUCUCCUUCCACAAGCAUGGCCGGUUCCGGGCAAUACAGGCAACUUAUCAAUGACUACGGACCACCGUCUUUAGGCUACACACAAGGAGUGCAGGGUACCAGUAGUAGUCAAGUACCACAGAGCAAGUAUGCAGAACUUUUGGCAAUCAUAGAAGAAUUAGGAAAAGAAAUUAGGCCCACAUAUGCUGGAAGUAAAAGUGCCAUGGAACGACUAAAACGAGGCAUCAUUCACGCUAGAGGACUGGUUCGAGAAUGUUUGGCAGAGACUGAGCGGAAUGCAAGAUCCUAGCCAUGUUGAGUUGCAAGAUUUUCCCAUCUCUUUACCAAAAAAAAGGAGAGAGAGACCGAGACCGAUUCUUUUGGAGAUUGAAGACCCAUUUGGACAAAUCCCUUCAUUUGAGACUGCUCGACUUCUCCCGCACCCCUGCCCUUUACAAGAAUGUGGGCUGGAGUUCAAAGAGCUAUCUAGGAUGUACCCAAGGGCUUGUGUGUGCCAGCGGACAUUCUUUGGAUUUCCUGCCCCCACCCCCUGGCCUUUGAACAACACUGCCGUGUGCCGUAUCACAACCAGCUUCAGAAACUUCCAAAGCAGUUUGCCAUCCAGCAUGGUAGCCUUUCUGUAGGAGAAAUUGAAAACCCAACAUCUCCCCGGGAGUAUAGCAGUUGUGGUACAAUGGAGGUUGUUUGUUUGGUGUCUUUUUGUCUGGGUGGAUCCCUUGACAUAAUCAAGAAGAACAAGAUGAUCCUCCCACUGGACAAGGGGUUUGCAAUACUUUAGUUCCAUUGGGUGUUCUCUGAAUUGGUUUUCGGGUUUUUUUUGGUGUCUUUUUUUUAAUGCACCCCACAUCUUCAGUUACCUUUGUCUUGUCUCGUUCUUUCAAUGGACAGUGUACCCUUCACGCAGGGGUUUUCAGACUGUUCUGGGAAGGCCAGAGAUGUCUCCAAGGUGACUCUCAAAGAGGAUGUGGGUAAAAGGUGAACACACCUUCCUGCAAGGCAGUUGGGCCAGCACAAGGGAUCUUGGCCUGUGAGACGCCGCUGCUCCAGAGAAGCGUGGGGUGUAUCCUUUCCAGAUGGGGCGACAAGGAGGCAGAGGCAUGACCGCAAAGAUUGGGAAGCUGACUUGGGACAGGGGUGGGCAGACUCCAGUGCUGCAAGAUCUCCUGGAUUUCUUACUUCUGGCCCGAGAUCUACUAGCCGGAGCCAAGUGCAAAAUACUUAGGGUGCUUUGGAGUCCAUGCCCAGCUCAAAUAUUUUCAGUACCAAAACAGCACUCUUAGUCUUUUCACACUCCUGGUUCCCCCACCCCAAGCUUUCUUGUUUCAGCAAUCUGUGCGUACACACACACACACACACGCUACGCUAUGUUAAACAGCUUGCUGACUUACUGUAAAUUACCAUAUUUACCUGAAUCUAAGAUGAUGUUCCCUCCCAGUUCUUUCCUGUUAAAUAUGGAUGGGUGGGUUGUCACCUUAGAUUUUGGUAAACACAGGUAUCUCCUGUAUUAUAUUUUAAGGCAUUGUCUUAAAACUCAGAGUUGCCUUCUGUUUGGAUCAAUUCAGAGGUCCACCUUUAGAUUCCAGUGUCCCGUCUCCCCACCCCACACAAGGACAUGCCCAGAAUCCUUUGUAAUGCAUCAGGUUCCCACAGCAAAUGCACAGGGAUUCCAUCAGCAAUCAAGCUGAUGUGGAAACUAUCCCCUGAAGAUAAAAACUUGAAAACUGCUGUUAAUUCUCCACUGUUUAGGUUCUCUCACAACUAAAGGAUUCUUUUGUGUUUAACUGAGGUCAUACCUUAUUUCCCAAAUCAAACCAUUUGCAACACACACCAUACAACCUGUUUAAAGAUCUCCGCCUUGUUUUUGCAUGACUGUUAGUAUUUUGGAGUUCAUUAGAAGUGCACGAGUUAUACAAAAAUCAGAAAACAGCCUAUGAAAAUCUGUAAUGGGGCCCCCCAGACUAGCUUGGUUUUCUUCAAGACUUAAAUUGUAACUUUGCCAAAAAAAAAGGGGGGGGGUUCCAAAUGAGUGACUAAAACUUAUUUGCAUCUUUAUAUGUAUUUAUUACUUGAUGUAAUAAAGCUUAUUUUCAUUA